GCCUAAUUCCGACCAGUCCAGCCCAAUCCGAUCAAUCAGGGCAGUAGGGUUGGUUAAAUUCAGUAGAAUUGAUUCUGGGUUAGCAAUAUCCCAACCUAACAUUUGGCUGACCUGGGCUUGGGUCGAGCAAAUGGGACCUAGGGUUUUAUAAAAAUGUAGUCCAACCUGGUAUUGGAAAGCUUAACCCGCUACACGUGACUGUCUGAAGCGGAAGAGGUCGUCUCCGGAUCUCCGCCCGUGGCCGCGGCGUACUGGUCGUCCCUUCUUCCUGGUGUCCUCUCUCUCUCUCCAACCCCUUACCCGCCCAUCCCAGUAAUGGCAAGUCGUCCGGCGGUUCGGCACAUCUCAAGAUGCUCCAUAAAACCAGAGUACGUUCCAGAGGAAUCAAAGCAGCCUUUCCACUUGAACCCAUGGGAGAUCUCCUUGCUCAACGGACACUACAUCCAGAAGGGUCUUCUCUUUCCCAAACCUAAAGACCCUCCUUCCAUUACUACCAUCAUUAACCAGCUUAAGGAUUCCCUUUCUCGCACCCUCGUCCAUUUCUUCCCCCUGACCGGCCACCUCAUCACGCAUAAACAGGACAACCCACCUUCAUAUUCAAUCUCUCUGGAUUGUAACAAGAACAACCCAGAAGUGGAAUUCGUCCACGCCUUUGCAGAUUUGACCAUGGCAGACAUCCUUUCCCCAAUUCAUGUUCCCCUCAUCGUUCGAUCAUUCUUUCUGCAAGGAGAAGCUCUAAGCCAUGAUGGCCACAUUUUGCCUUUACUAGCCGUGCAGGUCACAGAGUUAGUAGAUGGAAUCUUCAUAGCAUGCUCCUUCAACCAUGUCCUAGGUGAUGGCACUUCCUUCUGGAAUUUCUUCAACUCAUGGGCAGAGAUAUGCAAGCACAAUCAAAUCUCGCACCCACCAGUCCUUACACGUUGGUUCCUCGAUGGCCACUCCCCUGUUAUCAAUUUACCUUACUCUCACCAUAAUGAGUUCAUUGACAGAUUCCAGCCACCGGUGGAGCUCAGAGAUAGAUUCUUCCAUUUCUCACCACAAUCCAUUGCGAGGCUCAAAGCUAAAGCCAACGCGGAGUCCAACACUAGCACCAUAUCCUCCUUCCAGGCCUUGUCUGCACUUGUCUGGAGGUCUGUGACACGGGCUCGCCUUCAUCUACAGAGCCACCAAAAAACGAGUUGCAGUUUUUCCACUAAUAAUAGAUCAAGAUUGAACCCACCAUUAUCCCCGGACUACUUUGGAAGCUGCGUUCAGCCUGUGAUGGCAACGACCACUGUUGGAGAAUUGCUCAGCCAUGGAAUUGGGUGGGGAGCAUUGCUAUUGCACGAAGCUGUGAAGGGUCAUACUGAAAAUAAGGUGCGGGAAUGGUUGGAGAUGUGGAUGAAGAGUCCUAAAAUUUACCAGUUAAGCAAACUCUUCGAUCCCUGCGGCGUCUUUAUUGGUAGCUCACCCAGAUUCGAGAUGUAUGGGUGUGACUUUGGGUGGGGAAAAGCAGAGGCUGUUCGAAGUGGGAUUGAUAAUAAGUGCGAUGGGAGAGUGAUUUCUUACCCAGGGCGCCAUGGAGGAGGAAGUGUGGACUUGGAGGUUAGCCUUAUGCCAGAGUCCAUGACUGCCCUCGAGUUAGACCCAGAGUUUAUGGACGCGGUGACACCGGUGUUAGCUUCUUGGUGUUAACGCGACACCAAAUGCCAUAACCAUAGCAAUAUAGCAUUAGUCCCACAUGCUCUGCAGCCGAGCGGUAAGGUGCUGACAACAUCUGAAUACGUAUUCCAAGAGCUUCUCAAUUAUCCGAUGGUCAUUGUAUGGAACUAUGGCCUAUAUCAAUGUAAUCACUAAAGACGAUUUUCACACACUAGUAUCUGUGUUUCUGAUUCUGAAAUCUCUUCUACUGAAAAAAAAUAAUCAUAAUAAUAAAUUCUGAAAUCUUCGAUUGGCUUUUGUGAA